CACACCUCCCUGGACACCCCAUGCAACCCAAUGUUAGCAAUGAUUAGUUCCCAGUCCUGAUUUUUUAAAAUAUAUGUAUCCCUUAGUAAACUCUAGUUUAUCUGGUUGUCAUCAGGGUGUAUUUGCAUUCAGUGAAUUGUUGUAAGGACAACUUAAUUUGAUUUCAUGGGAUCUUUGGUUAAAGGGCUGAUACAAUGUCAUAGGCCAUAGGGCCUGGACUGUACGAUGCUCUAUUUUUAUCAUUUUAUAGUUCACCAUAUUUUUUUAGACUCCUGUUUAUGUUUCCUUGCUGUGUGAGUGUUUCUUUAUUUUCUUUUUUCCCUUUUCCUGUUUUGCUUAUACUCGGGCUGUUUAUGUUACUCCCCCCUUAUUAGCUUGAAGUCUUUAGAUCAUUUUAAAGGAGAUGUCUUAACCCUUUCUGCAAGGACGUAGAUCUUAUUCCAGUUCAGAUAGAGCCCAUCCCAUUGCUGCAGCUCCUUGUUGCCUUAGAACUGUGCCAACGUCCCAUGAAAAAAAAAUCUUCUGUUCUGCACCAGUCCUACAUGUUUUACUGCCAAUUUGCAUGUGACUCAGUCAACCCUCCAGAGCAACAUGCACACAGUGCUGGAGGAACUCAGCAGGCCAGGUAGCAUCUAUAGAAAAAGUAAGAUCUUCUGAGGUUCUUUUUCUCAAGGACCUGUUUUUACAGAGGAUAUUUAUGAUUUAGAACUUGCUGCCUGUAAGGAUGGCAGAAGCAGAGUAGGCUCUCGGUGAAUUGGAUAGGCAUCUGAGGUAUAAACAAAAUCAUCAGGAAAAGAACUGGAAAUGUAACUGAUGGAUUACAGGACGUGUGUGACUAACGAAAAGCUUCCGUUUUUACAGACAUCUGUAAAUUGAGUUGGUAAAGCCGUUAGCUUUAGUCACUUGAUAAGGCAACCACACCUCCACGGUAUUGUAAUGAAUGGUAUCAAAAGACUGAUAAGAAAGAACAAUUAGUAAAGUGAGGAGAGAGUGAAUUUUGCUGUUUGUAGGAACGAAUGUUUGUAUGCAGUACUGUGCAAGUCUUAGGCACCCUAGAUUUAUUAUAUGAUUUCAGAUGGUAAGGCUUCCACAGAGCCCUGAUCUCAACGUCAUCAAGGCUGUCGGGGAUUACCUGGAGAGACAGAAGCAAGCAAGAGUGCCAAAGUCUGCAGAAGAACUGUAGCAAGUUCUCUAAGAUUCUUGAAACAACCUAACAGCUAAUUUUCUUAUAAAGUGCAUGACGGUGUACUUAAGAGAAUUGAUGCAGUUUUAAAGGCAAAGGAUGGUUAAAACAAAUAUUGAUAUGAUUUAGUUUAUUGUUUACUGCUCUUCAUAGUAAGUUUUUUGAUAUUUAAAAAUAGUUCAUUUCAUUUGAAAGCAUCUCCGCUUUACAGAAUUUUUUUUCUACAUGUGGCUAAGACUUCUGCACAGUACUGUAUGUUGGAAUUGUGGGAAUUUGUUCUUAGGUAGGGGUGCCCAUAAGAAAGGGUUCUUCACUAGGGAUGGCCUGUACUAUAAUAUGAGUUGUAAUGACUAAAUGGGUCUGAAAGAUCUGUUACAGUGUCAAGUCAAGUCCAUUGUCAUAUACACACGUAUGUGUAAGUACAGAGGCAAUGAAAAUCUUACUUGUAGCAACAUUACAGGCAUUAGAAAUACAGCAUUCACAAGAAAAACAAAACUUAAAAAUAAAAAUAGGAACAGGAAAGUACACAAUCAGAACAAGAAAAACUAAGUCCAAUGUAGUACAAAGUGGCCAUAGUGCUGCUCGACUGAAGCAGUGAUUAGGGUUGUGCAGGUUGGUUCAAGCCGGGAACAGAAAACCCUACAAAUUGUAGUGGAUGUGGCCCAGCACAUCACAGAUAAAGCUAUCCCUGCCACUGAGCACAUCUACAUGGAGCGCUGUUGCAGGAAAGCAACAUCCAUUAUCAGGGAUCCCCACCGCCCAGGGCAUGCUUUCUUCUUGCAGUGCCAUCAGGAAGAAAGUACAGAAGCCUCAGGACCUACAUCACCAGGUUCAGGAGCAGUUAUUACUCCUCAACCAUAAGGCUUCUGAACCAUAAGGGAAAUCUUCACUCAACUUCACUUACCCUGUCACUGAACUGUUCCCACAACUUAUGGAGUCACUUACAAGGACACCUAAUCUCAUAAGAAACAUAAUAACAUAAGAAAUAGGAGCAGGAGUGGGCCAUCCGGCCCAUCGAGCCUGCUCUGCCAUUCAAUAAGAUCAUGGCUGAUAUGGCCAUGAAUUUUUCCACCUACCUGCCUUUUCCCCAAAAUCCUUAAUUCUCCUACUAUGCAAAAAUCUAUCCAGCCUUGUCUUAAAUAUAUCUACUGAGGUAUUUACUUCCCUGCUUUUAAGUUCAGUCCCUCUAGCAAAGAAGGCCACCAGCCCACUUUCCUUCUUGAUAGCCUGCUGUACCUGCAAACCAACCCUUUGUGAUUCAUGCACAAACACUCCCAAGUCCCUCUGCACAGCACCAAGCUGCAAAUUUUUUUUCCAUUUGAAUAAUAAUCUGCUCUUUCAUUUUCCCUUCCAAAGUGGAUGACCUUGCACUUACCAACAUUGUACUCCAUCUGCCCACUCACUUAACCUAUCUAUAGUCUCUCUGUAUCUUCUGAACAAUUUGCUUUUCCAUUCAAUUUAGUAUCAUUAGCAAACUUAAAUACAGUCCACUUGGUCCCCUCUUCCAGGUUGUUGAUGUAUAUCGUGAACAGUUGCAGGCCCAGCACACCACUCACCACUGAUUGCCAACCAGAGUAACACCCAUGUAUCCCCUCUCUGCUUUCUAUUAGUUAACCAAUCCACUAUCCAUGCUAACACAUCACCCCCAACUCUAUGCAUCCUUCUCUUAUGGAUAAGUCUUUUAUGUGGCACCUUAUCAAAUGCCUUCUGGAAAUCCAAGUAAAUAACGUUCAUCUGUUCCCCUCUAUCCACUGUGCUCAUUACAUCCUUAAAGAACUCCAGUAGGUUUGUCAAACUGGACCUGCCUUUGCUGAAUCCAUGCUACGUCUGCCUGAUGGAUCCAUUUCUUUCCAUCUCUCAUGUUUUUGAUAUUUAUUGCUUAUUUAUUUAUUAUGACUAUUAUCAUUUUUCUUUCUUUUUAUAUUUACACAGUUUAUUGUGUUUUACACACUAGUUAUCUGACCUGUUGGUGUGGUCUUUCACUGAUUCUAUUAUAGUUAUUGGAUUUAUUGAGUAUUCCCACAAAAAAAUGAAUCUCUGGACUGUAUAAGGUGACAUACUUUGAUAAUUUACAUUGAUUUUUUGAACUUUGAAGAUCUGAAUGGUUGGAGGAAACUGUUUAUGAACCUGGUAGUGCAGGGUUGAGGCCUCUGUGCCUCCUGUAGCUACGAGAUGAUCAGUGUGGUGCCAAUUCCUUAAUUCUAGGAUAAGAAAAUCCAAAGAUUCAUAACUUCACUCGCCAAUCAUGGCCUUGACCUUUAAGCUUAGAUUCUGGGGACUCGUGCUCUUCCUCAUAUGAGAUCCAUGGUUUGAAAGGCACGGAUAACAGCUUGUUUUAACACAGAAAGCAUUUCAAGGUACUUUAUUUGGUGUGAAGGGAGGUAAGGCAAGAUUUACUGAAGAAUGCAGUGAGCUUACUUUACUAUCAGUAACAAAAUAAAAAGGAUGGGGAAUGAAGACGCCUCGCUACCACUUUCUUGAAGGUGAGUAGCUUAAAGACUAGUCUUGCCAUGACCUUCAGAUCCUAAAAUUAAACAAAAAUACAAGCAAUAUUUUACUCCAAAGCAGAUCAAUUUUAUAAGUUUGUAUAUAAAAAUAGACUAGAUUUAUUUAUAUAGCAACACUCAUUGGUUACUUAGCCACCAGGGGACAGUAUGAACCUGUAUCAUAUGCAAAUUUGUUCCAUUCCACGUUUAGCACUCAGAUAAGGUUAAAAAUAGGAUAUUACAAUUUUUAUGAAGGUUUAAGAUUAAUAUUAUAUCACAAAAGGCAGUAUCUCGUGUCUGUGCUGUUCAUUGCUAAUGUGAAGGAACCUGAGGGCUGAGCUUAUGGUGGUCUGUGACAUCAUGAGAAACAUGAAGAUUUAAAAGGGCCUGUGAGAUUGUUUUUUUUUCCACACAGAAGCUGGUGGGUAUAUGGAAUAAGCUGCCACAGAAAGUGGUAGGGUUGGGUGUAAUUACAAAGUUUAAGAGCCAUUUGGACAGAUACAGGGAUAGGAAGGGCUUGGAAGAAUAUGGGCCAAAUGUUGGCAAAUGGAAUUAACUCAGUAAGAAAUCUUGGUGGUUGUGAACAAGCAGGGCUGAAAGUUCAAAGUUGUCAUCCUUGUUUUCAGAUUUCCCUGUGACCCUAAUGCUCCUCCCCAAUUCCUCCAUCCCUAGAAUUCUUUGGGACCUCUAUGUUCCAGCUUCCUGUCCUAUUGUAUAAUUCCUUAUUCCAUUCUAUCCAUCUUUAAUAGCUGCAUCUAUGACUCAAGUACUGGAAUUCCGCUCCCAAACCUCUUCAUCUCUCUAUCACCACCUCUUGUCACUCAAAAUGGAUCUUAAAACCAACUUCUGUGUUUGUGUCUCCUAACACAUUGAAAUUUUGUUCUGGUAAUGAUGCUUCAAAGCACUGAGUAUGUUAAAGGUGCUAGUUUGAUAUAAGUUGUUGCUGUUUUUGAAAGUAGUUAGUUUACCUGGUGGAUACUUUUGAAUACUUGGGUAAUUUGGUAAGCACAAGAGAUUCUGUAGAUGCUGGAAAUCCAGUGUAACACACACAAAAUGCUGGAGGAACUCAGCAAGUUCAGCAGAAUCUAUGGAAAAGAAUAAAGAGAUGACUUCUGGGCCAAGACCCUUUAUCAGCCUGAAACAUCAUCUCUUUAUUCCUCUCCAUAGAUGCUGCUGAACCUGCUGAGUUCCUCAUGCGUUUGGGUGACUUGGUAGCUAUGAUUUGGUACAUUUUAAAUCAUUCAAUAGAUACAUUUACAGUUGAUAGUGAUUUGAGCAUGUGAAUACCGUAGCAAGAGAGAAAGUGCAUCAAAGUUAAGGGAACUUUGAUUAGGAAGUAUGGCACCAGCCCAAAAUGAAGCUUCAUGGCAUCACCUUAUGGGUUCAUCUCAAUAUGGAAGUGAAUAAAAGGAAGAUAAGAAGAAGGAACAUGAUUCAAACUCCUGGAUUGUAUUUCUUCCAUUGAAACAUCGGCUGUGUUGACUGCCAGAGUUUGUGGUUUCGAGGAUUGGACUUUUCAGCAAACAAUAUGGUCACCUACAUCCAUCCAGCUGAUCAACAAAGGUGAUUGUCCUUGAUGAUGAGGCAUCACCAACAUCAGAUGGCUUCAUCAACAUUAUGAAAAAGGAGUGUAACUCUAGGCCUUACUAGACCUCUCAGCAACAGCUAAGAAUUUCAACACCAACAAAUUAAGCUGUGCCAGUCUUGUGGAAUGCUGCUUAAAAGAGCAUGAGAAAUAGUCAAAAGUGAAGUUAACAAGAUAAAUAAAUAGCAUCCCAGUACCUGUACAACUGGAAUCCUGCAGGUUCAAUCAAGGCAGCAAACCAAAGGACAAACAUUUUACCACUCCUUUUUUUUUGUAUUUCAUUAGUGACCAUAACGUACCUGACCGUUGUCUGGCAUUCUAUUCUGUAUACAAUUGAAUCCAAACCAUUAUAAAAAUGUUUGGCUUUAUGGAAACAGCUGACUUGGCUGUUGUGGGAUUUUAUUUUGUUCUUGUAUUGUGCAUUGGUUUUUUUGCGAUGUGGAAAUCCAACAGAAGUACCGUGAGUGGGUACUUUCUUGCAGGACGCUCCAUGACCUGGGUGGCAAUGGGUGCUUCAUUGUUUGUGAGCAAUAUUGGCAGUGAGCACUUUAUUGGUUUAGCAGGAUCUGGAGCUGCCAGUGGAUUUGCAGUGGGAGCUUGGGAGUUCAACGCAGUGUUACUUUUACAAGUAUUAGGUUGGGUCUUCAUCCCAGUCUAUUUUAGAUCUGGUGUGUAUACUAUGCCACAGUAUCUUUCCAAACGUUAUGGUGGUAGCAGACUAAAGAUGUAUUUUGCUUUGUUGUUUUUAAUACUGUAUGUUUUCACCAAGCUAUCCGUGGACUUGUAUGCUGGUGCACUCUUCAUCCGUGUGUCACUGGGCUGGGACCUGUAUCUCUCUAUCAUCAUUUUGAUUGGGUUGACAGCAGUGUUAACUGUCACAGGAGGACUUGUGGCCGUCAUCUACACAGAUGCCCUGCAGGCCGUUCUUAUGAUUGGUGGAGCUUUAACAUUGAUGGUUGUCGGCAUGGUCAAAGUAGGAGGCCUGGAUGAACUGAAACGAAGAUACAUGCUUGCCUCUCCAAAUGUUACUGCAAUUGUUACUACUUUCAAUCUAAGUUCGACUAACACUUGCCAUAUCCACCCUAAAGAGGAUUCUCUAAAGAUGCUACGUGAACCAACUGAUGAGGAUGUUCCUUGGCCUGGUUUCCUGUUGGGUCAAACACCUGCCUCUGCUUGGUAUUGGUGUGCUGAUCAAGUCAUUGUGCAGCGUGUCUUGGCAGCAAAGAACAUCGCUCAUGCCAAAGGAGCCACUCUGAUGGCUGGUUUUCUGAAACUCUUGCCCAUGUUUAUCAUAGUCAUUCCAGGGAUGAUUUCCAGAAUUCUCUUUACUGAUGAAAUCGUUUGCAUUAAUCCGGAGCACUGCAUGCAAGUAUGUGGCAGCAGUGCAGGUUGCUCAAACAUUGCAUACCCACGCCUAGUGUUGGGAAUCUUACCUGCAGGCCUUCGUGGUUUAAUGAUGGCAGUCAUGAUAGCAGCUUUAAUGAGUGAUUUGGAUUCUAUAUUCAAUAGUGCCAGCACAAUUUUCACCCUUGAUGUCUACAAGCACAUUCGAAAGGCUGCCAGUUCUCGAGAACUUAUGGUGGUGGGUCGUCUAUUUGUUAUCUUCAUGGUCGGCACGAGCAUUGCCUGGGUUCCUAUAAUUGUAGAGAUGCAAGGAGGACAGAUGUAUCUCUAUAUCCAAGAGGUAGCAGAUUAUCUGAUCCCACCCGUGGCAGCUGUGUUCCUACUUGGUAUUUUGUGGAAGCGCUGCAAUGAACAAGGGGCUUUCUAUGGAGGAUUGGUUGGAUCAAUUCUGGGAAUAAUUCGCUUGAUUCUUGCCUUUGUCUAUCAAGAACCAGACUGUGAUCAGCCUGACACCAGACCAAAUUUUAUUAGAAAUAUUCAUUACAUGUAUGUGGCAAUGGCUCUGUUUUGGACCACCACCAUUACAGCAGUCACAGUGAGUCUGCUGACACCUGCUCUUCCAAGAGAAUAUACUCGAAACACCACAAUCUGGGCAUUAAAAGACUUGAACAACAUAAAAAGGGCCCAGCCAGAAGAAUCAGCUAAACUAGCAAGUCGAACUGUGUCUGAAAGCAAUGGUAGUACCAUAUGUGUGGAUAAGUCUGACUGUAAUCGCAAAGAUACCGAUGGGAUUGAAUUAGUUCUUUUAAUGCCUGGAAGUGAUGAAUCCAAGUCUUUGUGCUCCCCAUCCAGCAUUGAAGGACUGACACCAAGUGAUGGAUAUUUAAAUAGUCAAACAACUGUGGCCCACCAGACCAAUGAAGAACCUCAACUGGAAAGAAGCAAAUGGUGGAAAUUUUUUGACUGCAUUUGUGGAUUAAAAAAUUAUGACGUGACAAGUCCAGUAGCAAAAAAUAUCAUAGAAGAGGAACAUAUUUGCUUAGAAAUGUUACAGGAGAGCCCAAGGAUUAAGUUACUGUUAAAUAUUGGACUUUUAGUUGUAUUAUCUUCUGGAAUAAGUAUGUUCAUUUAUUUUUCUUUGUAAAAUCAAUCUAAAGGUUUAAGUGAAUGCAGUUUCAUUUUAAAGAUUUCUACAUUCCUUUUGUUGGCCUGGAUAGAUAAUUUUUUGCUUGCUUUUAAAUCAUUAGGGGUGGUAAUGAAAGUAAGUUAUAAAAUGAAAUUGUAUGUGCCCAGUCUAAAUUUGGUUGAAAUAAGUCUGAGGCAGUCAAAUUAGUCCUGUUCCUUUUUGUAUUAAGUUGGGAAAUUAGUGUUUCAUCUUCUAACCUGCUAUUUAGCAACUCUUACAGGAAAUGGGGUUUUAAGAGAGAACUAGUGGAGAAUUCAUUUGUGGCUUUGGUUACAUUUAACAAAUACCUUUUAUGAUAGUUGCUGUCAAGGAUCACAGUGACAUCUUACUAGGUACCAGAAAUGGAGAGAUCCAUUGUGUGAAACAGUGAGUCAUUAUCUUUUGGAGGAAAAUUGUGGUUGGGACCUUGAAAUUAAGUCUGCGGCCAAUUUAACUUGGGAUUUGUAGAGCAUCAUCUGACUUUUGUGGAUAGAUAAUUUAAUACCCUUUAAAAUAUUUAUUUCAAAUUUAAUACAAAUAAGAUAUGACAGGAUUUACUUUAAAUCAAUUGCUAUUUAAUAAUUAUUUUAUGCCCUAAAACAACAAUGUAUGGAAAUUCCAAUAAAGUCCAUUUUAUGAGCAUAGUUAAAAGUAGCCCCAAAAAUAAAAGCAAUUUUAGUGGCCUGUAAAAUACUUACUAAGUUUAAUUAUAGUGUAAUGACAUGUAGAGUUCUUAAAUUCAUUACAUUUCCCCCUUCUCCAUUUCUCCUCUUCCCUCACCAUUUCACAUAUAUACUUAGGCACCCAUCUUGUAAUGGAUUUCUGCCGCAGAGCCUGUAAGUCUGCUGCAAAAAUAUGUUCAGCUUUGACUUUUUCCAUAUUUCCUUCCCCGCUCCACAUGAAGCUGUUGUACUGUGUGGAACAUCUUCCACGACAGGAGUAAGUGAAUUUUAUAGGACACCGUUGAGCCUGUUGAUCUUCCUUAUUUGAGGUAUGGAGGUUGAUGUUUAAAGAUUUGUUUAAUAGUUUAGUUGCAUAACAGAUGCUGCACUCCAAGGGAUUUAUUUCACAACUUUAAAGGUAACACCCUUAUGCAAAUACAUUUCGUGUAGGCCAACAAAAGGAUCAGUGUCUCUUUGUAUAGCUAUCAUUGUAUACUGUAACUUUUAUUAUGGAUGAUCUAGGUUUUAAAAAGUGUCCUUUUGUUAAAAAAAAAAUCUUUUUUAACCUAAUCAAAAAGUAUUGAUGCUUUAAUAUUGAAAGUGUUAACUGCUUUAACUGGACUCGGUUAUAAUUUUAUAUGUUUAUGACAAGUAAAUUCUCAUCUUUGCUAAGAUGCAGGAGCUAGGUUGUGAUAACUAGGAAACAUAUUCUUUGGUUGGGUAACAUCCGCACUUGUGACCUCCCAAUCUUAUUUGUGAUGAUUAAGUCUAUAGAGCAGGAGUGAUUGGAGUUUGGAGUUAGAAGAAUAUGUGAGGGGGAUAAUCUAUUAGUCUCAGAAGUAUGGGAUCUUUAUAUUGGAGUUUCGUUUCUUUUCCUUGUAUCCUAAUACCUUUUGUAGAUAUCUCUCCAUUUGUCAUUACUGUCAACUAGUUUCUUUUUAAACACUUUUAUAUUUUGAAAUAUUAAUGUAUUUUAUUAAAACAUAAGCUAAAGUACAGACCACAGAUGCUGAAUCUUUUAACUGAGCUUAUAAGUUAGUUAACUUAGUUUUCUCGAUUCAAAUGAGUUAGAUUUCAGCCAAAGAAAAUGAAUAUCAAGAGUAAGUUAUAAUUUAUAUAUUGUAUUAAAAAUGUGUGAUUUCAUUUUUUAAUAUGGAAAAGAAGAAAAAGAUUUAACAAUUUAAAUUGCUGUGCAAGUACUAUUUGUCUUUAUGGGAGAGUAUAUAAAUAGGAUGUGCAUUAAUGAGCACUUGCAAAAUAACAUUCUCACUAUUCAAGGUAUUUAUCCUAUCACCAGCAGAUGACAGCUCAUAUAUAUGUUAUAUAUAUUUAUUAUGUAAUAUGUAUAAUGUAUAUAUGUACCAUUGUGUCCUGUCCAGACUGACAUUCCUAUUUUUAUGCAAGGCAGUAUAUUUGCUUGUGUAACUACAUAACCAGCAGAUCACCUUUGCAAAGUACAAAUAAUCAUUUGUCCAAGUGCCUGAAAAGGUGUUGACCACUUACAGCAAUUCAAAUACAUAAAUAAAAAAAAAGUUGAAAAUACACGCCAGGAGAAUUUGUACCUUGAUUUAAAAUUAAGACUUCGACUUUUAAAAUUGAAUCUUUAUGCUCAGUGUAAAUUCAAGAAUUUGUUAUUAGAUCAAUAAUCAUGUUUUUUUAACUUGACAUUUGUAAUAAAAGCUUUAUUUCGAAGUGUAUUGAUCAUAAUGUUUUAAAUACUUAAGUUGUUAGCAGCAUUUGGCAUUGUUUGGGCAUUAUUAGUAACUCUAUUGUUACUUGUCAUAGUAACUCCCAUGAGUAUAAAUGAACUAUAUGAGCUCAAAGAUGACUUGUAGAAUGCUACUUGAACUUGAUUGAGUUACUGAGGCUUGUAUCUCUAGUUCCACAAAGAUAUAUUAAAAAAAUAUAACUAUAGGUAUAAUAAAGGAUAAAAGUUGGACUUCUGACCAAAUUACCCAACAUGAAUGAAUGUUAAUUAAUUGAUUCACCUGAGUUUUAAUAUUAACAUUCUGUGAUUAAAAUAAUGUAAUAAUGUUAGGUUCACUGAAAAUUGGUAAUUUAGUCGUCUUUGGCUGCAUUUCUUGUUUGGUUUGCUCUAUUUUCUCAUUUUUGGAUUCUAAAUAUGAUUUUCAUAAAUUAUAAAUGUAGUGUACUAGCCUUCCUCAAAUAAUCAGUACCAUAUAUGAGUCUUCAUUUUGUUCACCACAGAAUAUUUAAAGCACUCAUUGACUAAUAGGUAAUUGUGAAGAGUCAUUACAAUUCCGCUUGCUCCUUGCAGUUUUCUCCUCUGUUAUUUCCAAGGCCACACUUAAAUGAACCACUGGGUUACUAAAAUUAUCUUUUUGGACCUCUUUGCCAUGACUUGGCCUCAGACAGUGGUUUCAGAUGCCCUGUUCCCAGAUUGUCCUGAAGGCCCUGGGAUGCCACCUAACUGAUGUCAACAGGUCUUCGAUCAAAGGCAGUUAAAAAAAUUUAACUGUAUUUAAUCUGUUUAAAAAUAAACUGCCAGUGAUAUUAAUUAAACAUGUUAAAAUGGCACCUUAACCCUUACAUACUAUUCGGGUCAAAUUUGACUAGUUUUGACGUUUGACAGUAAAAACACCCUAAGUGCCAUUUUUUUUAAGCAGAAUUUUUUCCAUUUUUGCGCAUUUUGGGUCACUUUAGGAAAACUCAUCAAAUUUCAGCUUACAUUUAGGGUGUUUUUACUGUCAAACGUCAAAACGGGUCAAAUAGCUGACAUAAUUUUGAGUUUUAUCCCCAUGUUUUGUGUCAUGUCGCAGUACUUUAUAUUCAGAGUUUAGCUUCGGAACUAGGGCCAAAAAUGUUGUCUUCCUGGAUCUGGUUUUCAACUUCUGCAUUCACUCUGCAGGCACAGAAGUCAGCAAUCAUUGACCUGUGAAAGGCCACUUUGCUAAAAGUUCUCUAUGGAACUGCUGUCAAAAUGCAAAUGGAUGCCUGGCCAUUGAAUGUUGUCAUGGUUGUAAUUGCAUUUCAGCAUCUUUUAUCUGGUGACAAAGACUAACUGCAAAUUUGUGUUGAUACUUUGAUUCAAGGAGAACCACAGGGAGCACAAAAUUAAAAAAAAUGUAAAUUGGGUGAAAUGAUUGAAACAUAACAAAUAAAUAUAUUCUUGAAAUAGAUCAGUAGUUUUCAGGAAAUUGAAUUGAGCAAAACAGUUUAAAAAAAAUUUUUAAGAAACUUGCAGUAGCAAAACUUGUAUAAAACUUACACUACCUUUUGCUCCUUAUGACUGAUUGCAUUUCCUUAUGUUGACGGUCCCUGAGUAUACUUGCCAUUUCUUUGGCCAUUGUCACAGAGAAGAUGCUCCUGAUGCUGGAGGUCUGUGGUCUUUGAGUGGGUGGAACACUGAAGAGGGGCUAUGCACCUUGAAUCUUAAGUUCAUGCUGUUAAGUAACCGAAUACAUAGAAUGGCUUUUGUUUUCCUUUUGGAAUUGGGAUUAUUCGACAUGUCCUCACCAGAUGACAGCAGGAUUCCAUUCCUGUGAACUAGAAAACCAUAGAAACCAUAGAAAAACUACAGCACAGAAACAGGCCCUUUGGCCCUUCCUGGCUGUGCCGAACCAUUUUCUGCCUAGUCCCACUGACCUGCACAUGGACCAUAUCCCUCCAUACACCUCCCAUCCAUGUAUCUGUCCAAUUUAUUCUUAAAUGUUAAAAAAGAACCCGCAUUUACCACCUCGUCUGGCAACUCAUUCCAUACUCCCACCACUCUCUGUGUGAAGAAGCCCCCCCUAAUGUUCCCUUUAAACUUUUCCCCCCUCACCCUUAACCCAUGUCCUCUGGUUUUUUUCUCCCCUUGCCUCAGUGGAAAAAGUCUGCUUGCAUUCACUCUAUCUAUACCCAUCAUAAUUUUAUAUACCUCUAUCAAAUCUCCCCUCAUUCUUCUACACUCCAGGGAAUAAAGUCCUAACCUAUUCAACCUUUCUCUGUUACUGAGUUUCUCAACUGUUUGUAAUCUGGCCAUUUCACAACUCUGAAAUGCAGCAUGGAUCAAGUUCCCAGGUGGCAAAAGAUACCUGCAGCUCGAUGGUAGUGGCAGAUCCAUUCUGUUGGUCUCCUGAACUCCCAAAGUAGUUUUCAACUGUGACACCAAGAAUACAGCAGAUAUCCUGGCUCAGUGUAGGAAGAGAAUUACCCAAACCCACUCAAUUUAAACUUGAAGCCUGACCUUAUUAAAAGAAUAUAGUGGGAGAAAAGAAAAGAUGGAACAUUUGAACAUUUUGGUAACCCAGAUUUAAUAAUGAGUCUUUAAUAAUAACCAAUUUAUUUUCACAUCUUGCUAAAAACAUCUCAAAGAAACGGCUUCUGAGAUUUAAAUUUGGUAGUGUUAUGUAUGACCAUUAUAGUAUUCAACAUUUUGCUGACUAGAAAGAUAUUGACUUGGUAAUACUCUCUCUCCCUGGAAGUAGUUAACAAAUUUAUUCACUUCACUUUUGCACUGACACAAACUUUAGAUAUGUAAUCUAUUUUGAAUGUGUUAAACAAGCCAUCUUUAAAGCUUGACUUUGAAGGUAAUUUAUGAUAUUAAACCUGCACUUAACAAAUAGAAACCAUACUCCUAGAUAAGGCUUUCUAUUUUGAAUCUUGAAGUGAUUUGAAGUAUUUGAAACAUUGGAGUGAGUUUUCCCAACUUACUAUCAAUCCCCAUUAUUUUAGGUAGAAGAUUAAUGUCACUUUAUUUGCAGUUUUCAUAUACUGUAAAUUAAACUAGUACACGUUUAACAUAUUUUGGGAACACUUUUGUUUCCUGUUUGUGUGUAUGUGUGUGUGUAUGUAUAUAUGUAACUAUGAACCAAGUCUUUGUGCUCCCAAAUAGGCUCUUAAGCCAGUUUGAGGUUAUUAUAGUUGUUAGAGAUCUUCAUCUGAGCAUUAAUGUCUAUAUGAGUAACAUGUUGGCACGCAUUGUAAGAAAGAACUUGUUGCUAUUUCCCAUCAAGGUUAAAGUAUGGUAGAUCAGAGCCAAGAAAUCAUCCGUUAAUACUGUACACAUUUCAGUGAAUUUGCCAGGAAGUAUUUGGGUGGGCAUUGAUGCUUUUGCUAGAAGUUGCAUUUAUGGAAAUAGGAUUUGUUUGAGUAUAUUGCAAAGUUUUGUAUCGGGGAAGACAGUUAGUGUCCAUCUCAAUUUAUGCUGAAUGAUUUGUUAAUGUCCCAUGAAUCGUAAGAUUUUAUUAAGUGAAGAUUUUGUAAAGAAAGUCUAUGAAGGAAUCUCAGUUAAGAUCAUAUUCUGAAAAUGUGGGCGAGGGAUCUAAGUGUAGGUUGAAGUCAGGAGAGUUAGCAGUUUGAAUGGACUGAUGCUUAAAGAUAAAUUUUUGUUCAGCUAUUUUAAUAGUGUAUCCCCACAUGAUCUUUUCACAUAUUUUGGAGGGAGAGAGAAAAUAGUGGACCAUCAAUAUAUCUUUUUAAGUUCUUUUUGUAUGGGAUUUAUCAAGGCAUCAGCAGGUGGUGGGAGUAUUUUCUACUAGAGGAGACAGAACAGACAAUUUAAAAAAAUAACAGUUGGAUGAAGUGAUGUCAUUUUAUUCUGGAAUAUGGAAGAAAAUUAUUUAACUUUGGUUAAUCAUUUUGUAUAUCUAUUAGUACCUAUGAUUGUUAUGUAACUCUUAUAUAAAUCAACCAGCGUACUCAAUAAUAAAAUUGUAUACUUUUUUACCUGUAAUUGCAAUGCAACUUGUGUACUCAAAUCUAUUUACUUAAAAUAUUCAAUAAAAGAUGAGAAUAUUUUACUUGUGCAUUGAUGUUCGUCAUUCUGUUAUUUGCAGUCAUACUUUUAUUUGCAGUCAUACUUUUAAUAAGUAAUAGAAAAAUUAGUUUUUAAAUAUUAAGAUCGAGAAGAUGAAUUGGUAGGAAACUAACAUUAGGAGUAUAGAUACUUUAAAGCUAUGGAAUCAUGCAUUUAAA